AUGUAUCGUAUGUUCCCAUUAUACGAACCACCAGUCGAAGCCGAAAACUUGACUGAAAUUCCAACCCCACAAAGAACUUUACACCAACGUUUCUUAACUAUCUCUGAAUCCGAGCCAUUCGGUCCGAUAGAUGCUGCGAAAUUGUUUGACUUGGAACCGGCCCAAGAGACCUUGAACAAAUUAACCGAAUUCACUUCCGACGAAGAUUCGGCCAAGAUCAAGCUCAACAAGGUAGUUGUCGGUUCUGAAAAGGAAGGCGACAAGAAUGUCUUCAAAUUCACUCAAUCCAAAUCUGGUGAUGUCGGUUUCCGUUACGGUGCAUCUAGAAGAGAUAGAAAGAAGGAUAGAGCCAUCGGUUUCGAUGGUGAGGGUAAAAUGAUCUACAUCUAA